ACGUUGGUCCUCUCUGUCUGUAGGGCAGGAGUCAGGACUUGGUGUGGAUCAGGUGGGGGCAGCCAAAGGGCCGAGAGGGCUGGGCGCUCGCCAGGGCUGUGCAGGAGAGUGAACCGGCCCUGGGACAGCCAUGGGCUCCUUCUCCCCGUGGGGAUGCCGGGCAGGACGAGGCCGGGAGGCCGCAGUCGGGGCUGUGGGGAUGACGCCCUGGGCCACCCUCCCGCUGCCCGCCUCAGCCCGGCGCCGCCGCCUGAGCCCUGCGCUGCGGCCUUCCCGCCACCCGCCGUUGCCGUGGCAACCGGCGGCUGCUCCCAGGGGUCGGCAGCAAAAUGGCGCCCCCGGGGUGAGGGGGCCCGGGCCCGAGGGACGGGGCCUGGCACGCCGAGGGGGUCCCCGCUGUGGGGCCGGGCGGUGCCUCCCUCGGGGCUGGCUGACAGAGCGGGGCCCGGCCGCUGGGCGGAGGCAGGUCCUGGGUUGCACAGAGUGAAACUCUGCUGUUGCGGCUCCCUGUACCUCAGGAGGAAGCACGCUGUAUUUAUGCAGUUACAGCACUGUUUUGGCUACCCUCCUGUAGAGAUGGGGAAACUGAGAUGGAAGAAAAGUGAUUGCUUAACCUUAGCUAACAGGCUAACAGAAGAACAAGAAACUCCGGAUCACAGGUUAUUUAAAUUCCAUUUUGAAAGAACUUUGUCACUUUCCUAUCGUCCCUGCCUACAUACUGUCUGUUUCUGGGAGCUGCAUGCUCCAGGCUCAGCUGGAGCACCACAGAUUUGGAUCCUACCCUGAGGUAACACUGGCAACAGUGGGAGUUCAGUUAUUGCUCUGCAGCUUCUUUGCAGCGUGGCCAUUGUGCUGCGUGGCAGGUUUCUAUAGGUGACAGAGGGAGUCUGCAUCCUUGAGACUGGGUGGUGAGUUACCAGCUUACCCUGUUAUUGAGCUGAGUUGCUUUUCAACUCGACUGUUAGGCCUUGUGGGAAGUAUGAUGUGAUGGACUGCCAUGGCUUUUUCAGUUCUGAGUGCUAAGGCCAUUCUUUCCCAUACUUUCUUUGCGGUAGCCCCUCACAUCUGGAAAGUAAGAGGACAACCAAUGGAUCUACUGGAUAGUCAUAUAAAUCAGCGCAGGUUUUUAAAUUAAAGCCUCCACUUCAGUCAUGGUCUUUAGUCUCUCUUCUGUAUCCAAGUCAGCAAUUUCCUGUAUAUUUUUAUUCAUCCUUCAAAACA